CAGCGCGCGCGCCAUUCGUUCACAGACCGCCGCGAGAAUAACAACAAUGAUACUCCCGAGUCGUACCACGUCUCCCACACACGGGGCCUUCCAUCCCCCGACACACGCGCAUCCUGACGAGGAGCCCGUUUCCAGGACCUACCAGUACAGGAAAGUUAUGAAGCCGAUGUUGGAGAGGAAGAGACGAGCGCGCAUCAAUCGCUGUCUCGACGAGCUGAAAGACCUCAUGGUCACCGCACUCCAGGCGGAGGGAGAGAACGUCUCCAAGCUGGAGAAAGCCGACAUAUUGGAGUUAACCGUCCGUCACCUCCACAGCCUCAAACGGAGAGGUCAGCUCGUGUUGAAACCCGAAAUGUCUUACGCGGAACGUUUCCGCGCGGGUUUCGCCCAGUGUGCUACUGAAGUGUCUCAGUUCAUAACCAGCGCUACGGUCGCUGCCAACGCGAUGCAGCGCCAAGGACCAGUGGAUCCUCAAGCCGGGGCUCGGCUUCUCCAGCACCUCAGUAAUUGUAUACGAAGGCUGGAAGCGCCUGCGGUACAACCUCCAGUGGUCCAGCCGCAGCCGAUCGCGCCCGGUGGUGUCGCGAGGCCCACGCCGGUUCAGGCCGUGCCACCCGUGCUACCGACGCAGGCCCCACAGAUCCAAAGGACCCUUGAGAGAGGGCUGAAGAGGCUAGCGGAGGAACCCAUCGAUGUGGAAAUGCUCGACACAAAAAGAGUGUAUCCGCCUUCACCGCCACACAGCCCCGCCUCCGAGACGGACUCCGCCCAGUCGAUGUGGCGGCCCUGGUGACCUGGGUCUAGACCUGCAGCUGGAAUCGGAGCUAGACCUGGGACUGGACUCCAUAAAACAGUGUGAUAGUUAUAUAUUGUUGUUCCGUUAUCGUUAACGUUCCUAGAACCGAUGUGUGUUUAAAUGUGCAUGAACUCGCUUUGCUUGUUGAAGUUUUGUUUUUUUUUUUUUAAUUUAAUAAAGUAAGGUUUCUUUUUUGUUUUUUCUAUAAAAUAUUAGCUGUUAUUAUUGUAUUCCUGACUUCAACGUCUUCCGCGUCGGUAGCACUCUGUUAAUUAUAUUGGAUAGAGUAUUUAAGUUAUUAAGGGCUAAGUUAUAACUGUGAUACCUAUUUGAGGACUAGAAUCGAAUAGGAAUUAAUUUGUAUGUUAAACAGAUACCUUCGUCAUCGCUGUGAAAGUGAGAGGAAAAUAAAGAGGAUUUUUAUUGAAAUAAA